GCUCGACGAGAUUACUGCUACGCAUUCCCCCAUGGCGGGGCUCAUCUCUCCAAAGCCCGUCUCGUAUAUGCAGCACAACUUGCAGUAUAACCCGUACCAGCGCGGUGUCCAGGCUUACCCCGACACCUCCGCCAACUCUAUCCCGCCUCUGUCCCAUCCUACCCCGCAUCAGGGCGUCUUCCUUCCUGGCGGCAACGUCUCCAACCCUCCCCUCACGGUUAACGAAGAGAGCAAGAUCUAUGCUCUUGUGAUUGACCUGCUCGACUCGCAGACUCGCGAGAGCGCUCUGCUUGAGCUAAGCAAGAAGAGGGAGCAGUAUGAUGACCUCGCGUUGGUCCUUUGGCACUCUUUCGGUAUCAUGCCCGCGCUCCUUCAGGAAAUUGUCUCAGUUUACCCGCUACUAUCACCACCUAAUCUCACAGCUUAUGUAUCCAAUCGUGUCUGCAAUGCUCUGGCUCUCUUGCAAUGUGUAGCUUCCCACCCCGAAACGCGUCAGCUGUUCCUGAACGCUCAUAUUCCACUUUUCUUAUACCCUUUCCUCAACACGACAUCAAAAACUCGUCCGUUUGAAUACCUUCGUCUGACGUCUCUCGGCGUCAUUGGAGCUUUGGUUAAGCAAAACGACAAUACUCCCGUCAUCCACUUCCUUCUGUCAACGGAGAUUAUCCCUCUCUGUUUGCGGAUCAUGGAGACCGGUUCUGAGCUCUCGAAGACGGUUGCCAUCUUCAUUGUCCAGAAGAUCCUGUUGGACGAGACAGGCCUAACGUACAUUUGCCACACCUACGAACGGUUUUAUGCCGUCGGCACGGUCCUCAGCAACAUGGUCAACCAGUUAGUCGAGACCCAGGCUGUACGCCUGCUCAAGCAUGUUGUCCGAUGCUACCUGCGUCUCAGCGACAACUUGAGGGCUCGCGAGGCUCUUAGGGCUUGUCUUCCGGAGCCGCUCCGGGACAACACGUUCAACGCUCUACUAAAGGGCGACAUGGUGACGAAGAGAUGUUUGACGACCUUGCUCAACAACCUGAAUGAGCAGUAACGUGUAUAUUGAACGACUCCACGGACCUUAUAUUACCCCGGGUUGCUUGUAUUCUGUUUUGUUUCACUAUGCUUGGGGUACAGGCUACUCGCCUGCUGCCCAUGAUUGGUUCCAUGCUGUCCUUGGGGUAGCUGUGGCGGCAAGCGCGAUCGAGGUGAUGAUGGGACUUUGCACACUACGAUCUGUACCUAAUAUCUUGGAACUCGUAGACACACUCGGCGCUCAUAUUCAUCUUGUGAAUGGUACCACGUCUUCGCCAAAUUGUAACAUACAGUACACUUCUCGCAACGUACAGAAAACGAC